AUGGAGAUCGAGGACAAAUCAAAGCUCUGCUUUCCUCAGCUCAUCAACAUAUCCUGCCUGAAGCCCACAUCUCAUUGGUCUGAAGGUGUUAUUUUGAGCGUUCUGUUGUCCAUCAUCUGCAUCUUCACAGCGAUUCUCAACCUGCUGGUCAUCAUCUCAAUCUCCCAUUUCAGGCAGCUCCACACUCCCACCAACUUCCUUCUCCUCUCUCUGGCUGUCUCUGACUUUCUGGUGGGCCUUCUGGUGAUGCCUGGAGAACUAGUUCGACAAACAUCCUGUUGGACUUUUGGUGAUGUCCUGUGCUUGUUGUAUAAGUAUGGGUCCUACUUCAUGAUGUCUGCCUCAGUCGGAAACAUGGUACUGAUAUCAGUGGACCGUUAUGUUGCUAUUUGUGAUCCUCUGCAUUAUAACACCAAAGUCACUGUAAAAAGAGUUCAACUUUGUGUUUGCUUGUGUUGGUUCUUUGCUCUCCUCUACAACAGCAUCAUUUUAAAGGAUCAGCUGGCUCAUCCUGGAAAGUAUCAGUCCUGCUAUGGAGAGUGCGCCGUUAGUAUUGACUACAAUGCAGGAAUUAUUGAUGUUGUCGUGACCUUCAUCCUUCCUCUCGGCAUCAUUGUCACUCUGUACAUGAGAGUAUUUGUGGUUGCUGUGUCUCAGGCCCGAGCCAUGCGCUCUCAUGUUACAUCAGUCAAACCACAACAUAUAGUCGCUGUAAGAGCAAAGAAGUCAGAAUUGAAGGCAGCCAGGACUCUUGGUAUCCUUGUCCUUGUCUUCCUCAUGUGUUUCUGUCCAUUUUACAUUGUUACUCUUGCAGGUGUCUCUGUUGCUGCAUAUCUAAUGCUUGUGAUUAAUGUGUUCUAUUUCAACUCCUUUUUAAACCCUUUGAUAUAUGCCUUGUUUUAUUCUUGGUUCAGAAGAGCCAUAAGACACAUCAUCACCCUGCACAUACUGCAGCCUGGCUCCCGGGGGGACAACAUUCUGUAA